AUGGCGGGCGGGAGCAGUGGAGAAGGCGGCGGAAGCGGAGGCUACGGCGGUGCGGGCGGUGAUGGCCAGAAGCGGCGGUAUGACGAGCAAGGCGGCGGGGACUUCCGCUCCGACAACCAGGGACGUGGUUCCGGUUCGAACGGAGGGAGGUACGGCAACAACAACAACUCGGGCGGCUCCUAUGAUGGUUUUGGUGGCGGCCGAUCUGACGGCGGCGGGCGCUCCGAUGGUGGAGGGCGCGCGGACGGUGGCGGGCGCUCCGACUUCUACGGUGGGCGCGACGAUGGUGGCGGGCGCCUCGACAACGACGGCUACGGCAGGGGCCGGCAGGGUCAAGGGGGCGGCCGCUACCAAGACGGCAACAGGCAGGAGGGCCCCUACAACAACAACUUCGGUCGCCGGGAGGGUGGUCGGCAAGGUGAGGACAGGCGGGGCCAGCAACAAGAGGGUCAGCGUGGCCGCGGGCAGCAAGGGCCUGCACGCGGAGGCGGUGCCCAGCCGGGCAAGCUGAAGGGUGUGGCGCAGGGAGCGCCUCCCCAGCCGAAGGCCAAGGGAAAUGCCAAGGUUCCCGGCGGGUCUGCGUCUGGCUCGGUGGGCGGCGAGUGCUUCCGCUGUGGGCAGGAGGGUCACUUCCAGGCGGACUGUGUCAACGACCCGGUUUGCAUUCUCUGCAGCAAGACCGGCCAUGUCUCGGCGGGAUGCCCCACGCGUGGUCGGCUGCUGCUGCUGCAGACCUAUGGCCACGCCAUCACGGGCGGUGGCUUCUUCAACAUCGAGGUGGAGCCGAUCCAAGCUCCGGAGGAGGACAAGCAGUUCGAGGCGGUGAUCCACUUCACCUCGGCCCCCCUCACGGCGCUGCAGCUAUCAGACGACCUCAAGAGCCUCCUAGACGACCUGUGGGACUGGAAGGUGACGAGGGUGUUGGACACGGAGUACUGUGUCAGAUUUCCGUCGAGGGAGACGCUCAGGAUGAGUACUAGGCGCGGCAAGAUCUAUUUGCCACUCAGCAAGUGCGAUGUUGACAUCCGGGAAGCGUUUGUGAGCCCUCGACCGGGUCCGUCCUUCCCAUCUGUGUGGGUACAAAUCACCGGCCUGCUUGGGAGCCUGAUGGUCAAGGACAGGUGA